UCGCAGUGGACAGCGGACGUACCAUCGGCUCCGAGUCCCCGUGGUAAAUGCUGAUCGCAGGCUUCUAACGGUGUCACAAGAACCCACUGACUGUGAUGGAAACCCAAACGCCCACGGAAUCCGAAUUAGAUUCGGAGAGGGACUCCGCCCUACAGACAUUCGAGGAUUACGAUCGCGUAAUGUCCAUCAUUAAUACCGUGAUAUCGUGUGACCUCAAUGAGAAAGCGCAGGAAAUUCUGUUCCAAGAGUUUAAACGCCUGUUUGACAAGUACCUGGAGCAGCCGUACCUUUUGGACGGACACCUGGAACAAAUCGUCAGGACCCUCAUAGAACCCAUCAGAUCUGCAAGUUGUCCCGAAGCCGUGCUGCAAAAGUGCCUGAUAUUUCUCCAAGUGCCCACGUCGGUCCGAGGAUACAAAGCGGUGGUUCACCACCUUCCUCACGAGAUAUCCGACAUCGAACCAGUUCUGCAGCUUCUCGAGCGAGUUACGCCCAUCCAAACAGCCUGUCAUCCAACGGUGAACAUGCUUCUCCUCUGGCUGUCCGUUGUGGCUAUUGUUCCUUUCCAGCUGUCUCGCCUUGACUCUGGAGACGGCUUCAACAAAUCCAUUGCCGAAAGGAUACUGAGCAUUGUCAAGGUGCACCUAAGCAGUGGAGGACACAAAACGGUGGCGCCGGCCCUCCUUGCUGCAAACUUCAUAACUCGUCCAGAUAUUGUUGAUGUUCACCUGGAUGACUUUUUUGCCUGGAUCCAGGAGACCAUUGAUCCGGCCAAUGCAAAAGAGGCUGCUGUUGUAAGCAUGCUGGCCACUCUUGCCAGAGUGUUCAAACUAGCCAAUCGUGACGUCCUCUGCAAGCAUGCGAAAAGCCUGCUGACUCUGUUGUCGCAUAAGUGCAUCAAGGCAAACCCCAACAUUGUUGUCCGCAAGCUUUCCAUGAAGCUCUUUCAGCGGAUAGGCCUGAGUUAUUUGCCUGCCAAUCUGGCCCCCUGGAGGCAUCUGAGGAGGGUGAAGCAGCUUGUGGAUGGGCUCAAUGCAGACACCUCGAGCACUGAGCCUGCUUUUCCGUCCAUGAAGGAGAACACCAACUUUGAGGUUCCUCCCAUCAUUGAAGAGGUUGUGGAUAAACUCUUGGAAGGUCUGGUUGAUGAGGGUCUUAAUGUCAGGUGGUCCGCCGCCAAAGGCAUAGGCCGGAUUGCAAGCAGAUUGCCCAAGGAAAUGGCUUCCGAGGUGGUCUCUUCCAUCUUCAGUCAGUUCGAGGCACAGAUAGAGAACACAUCUUGGCACGGUGGAUGUCUGGCUCUGGCAGAACUAGGUCGGAGGGGCACCCUUCUUCCCGAACACCUGCCGCAAGUGGUGGACGCGGUGGUGAAAUCGUUGGUCUUUGACGAGCGGUGGGGAAAGUGUGCCAUUGGCUCGCCCACUCGAGACGCUGCAUGCUACGUCACCUGGACUCUCGGCCGCUCCUACGAUCCCUGCGACAUUGCUCCUUUUGUGAGCAGCCUUGCUACUACUCUGAUUUGCGUGGCCCUCUUUGACAGAGAACUGAACUGCCGUCGUGCGGCGGCGGCGGCGUUUCAAGAGUGUGUUGGGAGGCUGGGCACUUUUCCACAUGGCAUCUCCAUCAUAAGCAUCGUCAGUUACUUCUCACUGAGUCGCAUUCAGACAUCCUACCUCUCUGUAAGCUUACAGGUAGCUGAUUUUCCAGAGUACACCCAGCAUCUUAUUUUGCACCUGAUCAACGAAAAGGUUGGGCAUUGGGAUCGGAACAUAAGGGUGCUCUGCUCCCAAGCGCUGUUCAAGUUGACCGCCAAGGACCCUCACUUUAUGAUCGACACGUGUGUGCCUAAGCUGCUGGCUGCAAUGAGCAAUCACGAUGGGAGCGUGAAGCAUGGAACUGUCCUCUCCCUGGCCGAGGUUGUUCAUGCUCUGUCCAUCUGGGCUCGUGAGCGGGAAAAGAGCAUCGAAGACAUCUUGGGGCCAGAGUCGGUGCUCAGACUUAUGGAGCUUCCCGCGACUCUCGAAAAAGACCGGGCUUUCCUGGGCAUUGGAAAUGCGAGCAGAGGAGCAACCUGCUUUCUUAUUGAGAAACUUGCUCGUGCACACUUUUGUGCUCACAGUGCGCAGCCUGUGUUGGAAAGUUGGCAGUCUAUCAUCGAAGCAUGCCUGCGCUGGGAUGACAAAACCUUGAGAUGCCAGGCGUGCUCAUCCUUGUCGGUGUUCAUGGAGGAAUAUUACGGGGGAGAUGCAGGGGCGUGCGAAAGGAUAGUAGGAACCUACGUCGAGAACCUCCGGUCCCCUACAGAGGGUGUACGAUCCAACUUCGCUCAAGCGCUCGGAGCGCUGCCCAGCUUCAUGCACAGGGCCUACCAGGUGCCCAUUCUGGAGGGCCUGUGCCUUUGCGCCUCGUCGGAAGGCUACGAGCACGUGGAAUCUCGUAAAGAAGCUGUCCUCGCCCUCUCGAGGUUUUACAUCUCGAUGGGGGCUGGAGGCGCCGCUGGAGUGCCCGACCUAGGUCACCUCGUGGCUAUUCUCCUCAAGAACAUGGAGGACUACAGCCAGAGCCCCAUGAAAGGAGAUCUCGGCGCUCUUGUGCGGAUGGCCUGCAUGACUGCUUUCAAGGAUGUUGUCUGCUACUUCGCAUCAGUGGCUCCUGAAAUACUCCCAGAAACCUUUGUGGCUGAAAUGAUGCGUGCUCUAGCACAACAGUGUGUGGAGCCUGUGGAUAACCUUCGUGUCCAUGCAACAAAGACAUUUCUAUCCAUCCUACACAGCAAACCAGAUGUGCCUCACAUUCCUCAUUGCAACGAGGCACGCGAGAUGCUUCCGGAAGACAUUGGGCAGCGGGCAAGCUUCCUCCAUGCUGGGCACACAUUCCCCUACUGGAGCCAGUUCCUCUCCCUGAGGGCUUAUCGAGAGCCUCUCUUGAGGGGGUUUCUGGUCAGCACAGGCAGCAUGUCUGAGGCACCCUUUUCAAAUGGAAGAGAUGCCCUUGUGACAUACCUUUUGUCGAUUCACGGGGACAAGGAACAGGAAGAACUGGUCUACUUUAACUUUUUUCUUCCGCUGUUUCUGGACAAGACCUUCGUUCACAGGGCUCUGUUGCAGUACCUGAACGCUUUGGAUCACCUGAUAACAUCGGGAGCAUUCGCCGAUGCGCCUUCAGAGUUUCUGGUGAAGUUGCAGAGUCUUGUGGCGCUUAAAGGGCUUAGGCUGAAGGCCAUACCCAAAGUGGAGGCAGCGGUGGGUGUAUUGAGCAGCCUGCUCCAGUUCGAAGGCGACUGCCGGAAGGGGGCUCUGAUCAACGUGCUCCGGACGUUGGACCACCGUUCUCAAAGAGUGCGCGUCACCACGGCCGCUAGGCUGGGCGAAGCACUCCUGAUGUAUACCGUGCUCGAAGGCAGCAGGUUGGACGACGCCUUACGAGCACUGUCCAGCACGGACUGGAGAGCGGACAGACAAGAGCUGAAGCGGUCAAGGGAGAUUUUGGCCGUCGCUUUCGGUCUCAGCGAAUCGGCACCCUGAUGGCCUCCGUCGAAGACGAAAACUCUAGCUGCACUAGUGCGGUGCCUAGAACGCCUCUUCGGCCGGUGCGCUUAGCACAUUAUAGCGUCCUUGCUUCGGAGCGCGGCCGAAAUUUCAACGACACAUUUUGCGGGAGCUGCCUGGCACCAGGAUCGCUGCAAGUUAUUGCAGUCCUGGUGGUUGGUUGUGGAGGCACCAGUGAGAAAACAAGCAGUCACGGGGAUCACUGUUUUUGCGGCUUCCCGACCCGUGGCCGCCGGAGUUUGUCGACCGGUCAGCCACAGAGCAAACUACAACACAACAGCAAUCCACUGUUUCCAGCUCCGCCGCUUUGCCACCACGAGGAUUGCGGCGAUCCGCACCAUUACGGAGACGUAACGUCGCCGGGCAGAAAUCGAGGUAACGAAGCAAAGAUGCAGCGAAUGCGCCACUCAAAGAGGCGUUCGAGGCACCGUAUUACCAGUGCUUGUGUUACUGUUGAUGUCACUGGGUUGCAAUGACCCAAAAGGAACUCUUUCAUUUGUUCUUUAUGUUUGUGCAUUGUAAAUACAUUUGCAUUGUAGAAAUAGUUGAUUUGACGGACGUAGUAGCCAUGUUCCAAUAAGGCUGAUCUCGGUGCUCUGUUAACUGAGCUUGCUUAUAUGCUAUUUAACAUUCUCGAGCCGCAUUAUAGGGAGGGGCCACGUGUGUGUUUGCUUGCCUGCUGGAGUGAACCAUUUUUCCUGUAUUUAUGUUGAGGGAACAAUGCCUCUGAGUUUGUAAUAAUUUCAAUGGCAUAAAUCUGCAGUUUGCUUUAUUACCCUGUGUUGUUUGACUAUCCACACAUGUUUGCAUGGGCCCUUCAAAAUAAAGGAAACUACCUUUGUA